AUGUCGUCCUCAAAUGAUGGCUCCGUUCUCCAAGAAAAGGACCUCAAAGCCAGCACCCGGGUCCAAAUUGUUGAUACUGAGGAAGGUGAGAUUGCUAGGAUUGAUGAGCUCCAUGGCAAAGAAGGCCUAGAGAGAAACUUUGAUGUCUGGAGUGUGGUCGGAAUUGUUUAUUCAUCCAUUGCUACCCCACUUACUCUUGGAACCUACCUUUCAACAGUCAUCGGUGUUGGUGGAGCUCCGUUCUUUUUCUACUCAUACUUGUUCACCGGGUUUUUCUGCUUGCUUAUUGCCUAUUCUAUAUCAGAAAUGGCUUCUGUUAACCCUCAUUCAUCCGCUAUGGUUUACUGGACUUAUCUAUUUGCUCCAAAGAAGUAUGCAAGAUUUCUCGCUUAUACCAGUGGUAUUCUUACGUGUGCUUGUUGGAUUUUUGCAGCUACUGCGACUAGUUUCUUUAUUGCUGACCUUAUUAUCGGUAUGGCCUAUAUGCAAAACCCAGGCUAUGAGUCGAAAGUGUUCCACUACUACCUGGUUUUCUUGGCCAAUACCGUGUUGUCAGCCGUGGUCAACGUUUGGGGCACAAGGUUCAUCCCUAUUAUCGCCAGGGUUGUGAACUAUAUCUUCAACCUCGGAUUGCUUUUUAUUCUGGUGUCUCUGCUGGUAAGAGCUCAUCCAAAACAAACGGCGUCGUUUGCUUUUACUGAGGUGACCAAUCUAACAGGAUGGGACUCAAAAGGAGUUGUGUUUUUCAUCAGUAUUCUGCCAUGCGCUGGUUCUCUAACCCUUUUUGAUGGUGCUUGUCACAUGACAGAUGAAACGCCAAAUCCAAGAAAAAACAUUCCUAUUGUGAUUUCAUACGGUUACACUGCUUCCUUUUUUAUGGGACUGGUUGCUAUCUUGGUUUACAAUUUCUGUAUCGUGAAUCCUGACAACCUCCUUGACCCUAUUGGUGGUAUCCCCCUUUACCAACUCUUUGUGGACGCGCUUCGCAAUGAUGGUUUGGCCCUUACCUGUGCAUUGAUCAUAUCUAUUGGAUUCGCGGUUGCGAGUGUUGGAGUUGUAACUUCUGCUAGUCGUCUUUUGAUGGCAUUUGCCGAUUUUGGAAGCAUUCCAUAUGGUCAAAAAGUUUUCGGAGCAGUCGACCCCAAACUGAACGCUCCUAUAUGGGCAAUUGUAUUUGUUAGCGUUACAGAGGCUGUGAUUGGACUCCUUUACUUUUGUUCGAGUGCAGCUUUGAAUGCUGUGUGUGGAUCUUGUGUCUCUGCCAUGUAUCUGGGGUAUCUUAUUCCUUUUGCUGCCUUAUGUUUCAAGAAGGACAGAUAUGGCAAAGGUGUGAAGCCAAUGUUCAACCUGGGAAGAUGGGGAAAACCAAUGAACAUUAUCUGUUGCGUCUGGUACCUUUUCGGUGCGGCGUGGUUGUGUGUGCCAUCGUAUGUUCCAGUUACUGCAAAUGGUAUGAACUAUACCGUUGUUGUGCUGUGCAUCACCCUUCUCCUCACUAUGGCAAACUGGUAUUUAUAUGCGAGAAAGAAUUUUUCUAUAGUUGUUUUUGAGGACAUGGAGACUGAGGAAUCAGAGACCUAG